AUGAUGGGCGGCGGCGGCGGGGAGAGCAAGCUGGAGAGCCCGCUGCUGGGCGCGCGGGGCCCGGCGACGGCGAGCCAAGGCGGCGGCGGCGGCGGCCACGGGGAGGCGGCGAGCGGCCAGCUGGAGGGCAUCCUCGGGGACGCGUCGCUGCCGUGGCGGCGGCGGAUGGCCGCGGCGACGCUGGUGGAGAUGCGCCUGCUGGUGCGCCUGGCGGCGCCCGCCGUGCUCGUCUACAUGAUCAACUACCUCAUGUCCAUGUCCACGCAGAUCUUCUCGGGCCACCUCGGCACGCUCGAGCUCGCCGCCGCCUCGCUCGGCAACACCGGCAUCCAGAUCUUCGCCUACGGCCUCAUGCUCGGGAUGGGGAGCGCGGUGGAGACGCUGUGCGGGCAGGCGUACGGCGCGCACAAGUACGACAUGCUGGGCGUCUACCUGCAGCGCUCCACGGUGCUGCUCAUGGCCACGGGGGUGCCGCUCGCCGUCCUCUACGCCUUCUCCCGCCCCAUCCUCGUCCUCCUCGGCGAGUCCCCGGAGAUCGCGUCCGCCGCCGCCGUCUUCGUCUACGGCCUCGUCCCGCAGAUCUUCGCCUACGCCGCCAACUUCCCCAUCCAGAAGUUCAUGCAGGCGCAGAGCAUCAUGGCGCCCAGCGCCUACAUCUCCGCCGCCACGCUCGCCGCCCACCUCGUCCUCAGCUACCUCGUCGUCUACCAGCUCGGGCUCGGCCUCCUCGGGGCCUCGCUCACGCUCAGCUUCAGCUGGUGGGUCAUCGUCGCCGCGCAGUUCGUCUACAUCGCCACCAGCCGCCGCUGCCGCCUCACCUGGACCGGCUUCUCCUGGCAGGCCUUCUCCGGCCUCCCCAUCUUCUUCAAGCUCUCCAUCGCGUCCGCCGUCAUGCUCUGCCUCGAGACCUGGUACUUCCAGAUACUCGUGCUCAUCGCCGGCCUUCUCAAGGACCCCGAGCUUGCAUUGUCGUCACUCUCUGUCUGCAUGACGAUUUCAGGGUGGGUUUUCAUGAUCUCGGUUGGGUUCAAUGCAGCUGCCAGUGUCCGGGUGAGCAACGAGCUUGGCGCCGGCAACCCCAAGUCGGCGGCGUUCUCCGUCGUGGUGGUGACGGUGCUGUCCUUCAUCCUGUCGGUGCUCAUCUCGGUGGUCAUCCUCCUCUGCCGGGACUACAUCAGCUACAUCUUCACCGAGGGCGAGGACGUGUCGCAGGCCGUGUCCCAGCUGACGCCGCUGCUGGCGUUCACCCUCAUCCUCAACGGCAUCCAGCCCGUCCUCUCAGGGGUGGCUGUGGGGUGCGGAUGGCAAGCCUUCGUCGCCUACGUCAAUGUCGGCUGCUACUACAUCGUCGGCAUCCCCCUCGGGUGCCUCCUCGGGUUCUACUUCGACCUCGGAGCGGCGGGUAUUUGGAGCGGCAUGAUCGGGGGCACACUGAUGCAGACCUUGAUCCUGGUGUGGGUGACAUUCAGGACCAACUGGGAGAAAGAGGUGGAAGAAGCGCAGAAAAGACUGAACAAAUGGGAAGACAAAUCUGCUCCUCAGUUGUUGGAGUAAGCUAGAGUGGAAUAAAUCUUCCUCAUCGAUCUACUGCCAACCGAAGAAUGGGACAUGGAUGCGGUCCUCUACGUACUACUGGACCAACGGUUGAACGAAGCCGGGAAAGAACUGUAAGGUUGCGCCAUUCAUCUGCUCAGCGAAGAAGGAAUUUUGAUGCGAGCUCCAGGCGUCGAGGACCUCGUGGCCAGCGAUUCUGCUGCGUCGAAUGUUCAAUGGAAGUACCUGUUCCUCUUAAGAAAGUCAGUGUUAAGUACCAGAGAAUUCUGUAGCGCUCAUUUCGCUUUAUUUGUGUUCCCAUCUGUUGUUUAGCGAUGUGAUUGUGUAUGAACCAGUAUUAGUUUUCUUGUCGAGCUUUCCUCAGACAAACUUGUUGAGAAAUGGUUAUAUGCGAUUGCUUGGCCACCUGCUCAA